CCCAUUCACCCACCCACCCACUCACCCACCCACCCACUCACCCAGUCACUCACCAACUGGUGAGUGAUGGAGCUGAGUUCUCCUCCCACGUGGUGAGCGAUGCUGCUGCUGCGCUCGCUGCUGGCCUCCUCCUCGCUGGCGAGGCCCUCGCGAUUCCGGCUCGAGAUGCCCCGAGCCAAGCGCACGAACCCCCACGGAGCGAUGCCCCCGGCUGAGGCUGCGGCCGCUGCAGCUGCUGCGGCCUCCCAGGGCCCCUCAGGCCCCGUAUCUCUGAACGCGGACGGCAGCGUCAGCAUCAGGGUCCACGCGAAGCCCGGAGCGAAGCAGAGCGUCGUGACGGCCGUGGAGGACGAGCCGGGGGGCUCCGUCUCCGUCUCCGUCUCGGCGGCCCCCAUGGACGGCGCCGCCAACUCGGAGCUCCUCCGCUUCCUCGCCGCCGCCCUCGGCGUGCGCAGGGGGGACCUGGCCCUUGACAAGGGCGCUCGCUCCAGGCAGAAAGUGGUGCGCCUGGCCGCUGGGCGUCUCGCGCCAGACGCGGUGCACCAGCGUCUGCAGAGCGCCCUCGGGAACACGUGACGACUGCCGCCGCGAGAAAUCCGAAGAGCCGGCAAGCUCUUGAUUGGACGCUUUCGUUUCGGUGAAGUCAUCACGUAGCAGUUAGAAGGAGAAAGAAGCGGAGCAACAUCGCGACGUUUCCGAUCGCUACACGAGCGAGCUUCAUCGGGUGGGACAACCCACGGCGAAAUGUUUUUUGUCCUCGCUGUGGCUGUCACACCUGAUGGAGAUCGCUCGUGUGAUGAGAUCGGAGCGCCGUGAAAGGUCUUCGUGUCGCAGACGGAAUCCCAGGUCGGGCGGGGGUGGGAUAGGGGUGGAGGGGCUGUCAGCGUUAGAGGUGCGUCUUGACGCCGACACGGCCCAGCCAGCACCGGAUUAUCCCAGCAGCUAGAGUCUCCACAAGUGCUACGGGCCCCGCGCUUUCAAGGGCCACGCGCGGAAGGCUUUCGAGGCGACCAAUUCCGGUUCAGUGAUUCCGCAUUUGCACCAUUACUAGAGUACUGGACCACGGCUGCGGCUGCUGACUGCUGCGGCUGACUGCUGCUGCUGCUGCUGCUUCGGCCUCUGCUGCUGACUGCUGCUG